UACAGUAUCUUGUAGAUCAUCGGACUGAAUGAAGAUGAAGAUUGAAGCUCUUCUCCUCAUUUUAGCUGCUCUGCAGCAGGAUCACACAGCAGCUGCUGAAAGACUGAUAUAUCCUCUGGAUAUGGCUCUGAAUUCAGUUGAUGAUCAGUAUAAGGGAUGCACAGAGAAAAUGGCAGCUCAGGUGAAAACAGAUUAUCUUAAGAAAGAGCUUCAAAACUCAAAUGAUUUUAAAAAGGUUUGGCAAUCAGGAAAAAAGUAUAUUAAACAUAGAAAAAAGAAAAGCUCAUUAGAUAUAUUACAUGAACUUGCCAUGUAUGCGUACACCUACCCAGGAAAUAAUGAAACACCAAAAAUUUUUAAUAAAUUCAAUGAAGACACUCGUAAGGGUAAAGAGAACUACAGAGCCAACACGUACAACUGGUAUUCACUUCACUUUCUAUUAACAGACGCAAUACACAUUUUGAAGAACAAGCAAAAUAAAUGCUUUGAGACUUUUCGUGGUACAAAUGUUACGUUUAAUGGUCAGGCUUUUACAAGCGUUCGUUUUGGCUCAUUUACAUCAUCCUCUAUUUAUGAUGACGUAGCAGAAAAAUUCGGAAAGUUAUCUUGUUUUGAGAUUCAAACUUGCGAAGGCGCUUAUAUUGCAAUGUAUUCUAUGGAUCAUGAUGAAGGAGAGGUGUUGAUUCCUCCAUAUGAGGUGUUUAAUAUCACUCGAAUCAAGACAAAAAAUGAGCAGAAUGAUCUCUGGUGUGACACUGUGUAUGUGUUGAACAGCACUGGAGUAAAGAGUGACCUGAACUGUGUUGCUAUUUAGGACGUCUUAAGAAAGUAUUAUGAUGUGAGAUGAACAAAAGUACAUUGAGUUCAUAUAUCGUUAGU